CCAUAGUUGUGUUAGCCAUGAUUUUAGUCCUCAAAAACUUGCUACUUCUCUUUGUAGUUCUUGUUUCAUGCAAUGGCGAAGAUAGAAAAAUAUAUUUGAUUCUAAUGGAGGGUGAUCCUGUUGCUUUUCGUCAGGUUAAAAUAUUUUUAGAAAAAGGCAACAAGCUUGAUUCAAAUAGCGAAGCAGCCAAGGCUUAUGCAAAUCAGUUGAUAAAAUCCCAUGAUGAGUUUCUACAAAGUAAUUUGGAGACAGGGAGCUAUAACAAGAUUUACAGCUUUAAACACAUCGUAAAUGGUGUUGCAGUCCACACUACUCCAUCUCAGAUUCAAAACCUGAAGAAUGCUCCUAGAGUGAAGUUAUUAGAGGAAGACAAGAGGGUUAAAUUAAUGACUACUUACACUCCACAGUUUCUGGGAAUACCUACAGUAUGGGCUCAAGAAAGAGGAGAUAAAAACGCCGGUGAAGGAAUUGUGAUUGGUUUUGUUGAUUCUGGCAUUAAUCCAGGGCACCCUAGUUUUGCUUAUGAUCCCACAAUUGAUAAUCCUUACAGUUUCACUACUACAAAUUCAACACAUAAUUUUCAACAUUUUUCUGGAGCUUGUGAAGAAGGUCCUAUGUUUCCUCAGACUUCAUGCAAUGGUAAGAUAGUAUCUGCUAGGUUUUUCUCAGCUGGAGCUCAAACUAUUGCAAAACUUAAUGAUUCUGUGGAUAUACUCUCACCCUUUGAUGCUGUUGGACAUGGCAGUCAUGUCGCUUCAACUGCAGCAGGAAAUUUUGGAGUGCCGGUAGUGGUGAAUGGCUUGUACUAUGGACGAGCAACUGGAAUGGCGCCACGAGCAAGGAUUGCAGUUUAUAAAGCUGUUUAUCCAACCAUAGGAACUCUUUCAGAUGUAUUAGCGGCAAUUGAUCAAGCAGUAUUAGAUGGAGUAGAUAUCUUGAGUCUGUCAGUAGGACCAGAUGAACCACCAGAAGGCACACUCACUUUCUUGAGCCUGUUUGAGAUUUUCAUGUUAGCUGCGCAUAAAGCUGGAACGUUUAUUGUUCAAGCAGCUGGGAACGAGGGUCCUUCUCCUUACAGUAUCAUCUCUUAUAGUCCAUGGGCUGUGGGUGUUGCUGCUUGUGACACUGAUAGAACCUAUUCUGCCACUCUUAUUCUUGGUAACGGUCUCAAAAUUGGGGGUGUAGGACUAUCAGGACCGACAUCAGGAGAUGGAAUGAUUCAGUAUAAUGAGCUGGUUUUGGCUAAGGAUGCGAUUAAGAUAAAUACCACAUUUUCAAGAACUGCAAAUAAUGGGGCCGAGGAAUGCCAAUAUCCAGAGGCAUUUGACCCUUUUGUCGUGGAAGGCAGUAUUGUCAUUUGCACAUUUUCAGCUGGUUUCUACAAUGGGACUUCUACUCUUACAGCUAUCAUAGAUACAGCCAGCCUUCUUCGAUUCAGAGCAUUUGUUUUUGUUGCAAAUCCAACUUACGGAGAUUUCAUAGCCGAGCCAAUUCCUUUCUUUACUCCUGGCAUAAUGAUACCAACAACUGCUGAGACAAAGAAUAUAUUGCAGUACUAUGAAAAAGAAACUGUAAGGGACAAGAAAGGAUUUGUGGUAAGAUAUGGUGGUAGAGCAGCAAUAAGUGAAGGAAGAAAUGCUUCUUACAAGGGAAGAGCUCCUAUAGUCAGUAGAUUUUCAUCAAGGGGACCUGAUUACAUUGAUCAGAGUAAAAAUCCUACUGAUGUACUUAAACCUGAUAUUUUGGCUCCUGGACACCAAAUUUGGGCAGCUUGGAGUCCCAUGAGUGUUUCAAAUCCCAUUCUAUCUGGCCAUAAUUUUGCUCUAAUGUCUGGUACAAGCAUGGCAACACCUCAUAUUGCUGGGGUAGCUGCACUAAUAAAGCAAUACAAUCCAUCAUGGACACCAUCAAUGAUAGCUUCAGCUAUAUCAACCACAGCCAGCACUUAUGACAAUCUUGGAGACCCCAUAAUGGCUCAAGGGUUUGAUCUUUAUAGCUUGUACACUUCUGCUCCUUUUGGUUUUGGUGCUGGUCUUGUCAAUCCCUCUCGUGCAAUCGACCCUGGUCUUGUCUUUGCAGCAGGGUACGAGGAUUACAUCAGUUUCCUGUGUUCUUUGCCAAAUAUUGAUUCCACAAUAGUCAAAACCGCAACAGGAGGAAUUUGUGGUCAGUUAUUCGGCAAUCCAUCGGACCUAAAUUUGCCUUCGAUUACGAUAACAUCCCUUACUGGAUCGCGAAUAGUACAUCGGACAGUCAUGAAUGUGGCAAGCAAAGCAGAGACGUAUCUAAGUGCAGUGUUGCCACCAAAAGGAGUAGCGGUUGAUAUUGAGCCAUCUUGGUUUAGAAUAGCUCCACAAGGAACCCAAGAUUUGCUCAUCACGCUCAAUGUCACACAGGCUCUUGAUGACUUCAGCUUUGGUGAAAUUGUUUUAACAGGAUCUUUAAAUCACCUUGUGAAGAUCCCACUAUCAAUUUUCCCUAUUUCUACAAUGUGAUAUCAGAAAAUGCAAUUACUAAGAUUGGUAGUAUAGUAGAUGAGUAGAGUUUUAUAAAAGCAUAAAGCAUUAAGGUAAUGGUCGGUUAUGAAGUAAAAUAUAUUAUCAGUGUACCCUUUAUCUGGUGCCAAGUACGUAAUAAUUUAGUAGCUUUGUCUCGACUGUCACAUAAUUGCACGAAAAAUG